GGCGAAUCCAGGUCCCUUGGCACUCAUCACUAGCUCUCGGCCCCUGGAAACUUCACGACAAAACUUCGCCCGGGCAACGUUCCCCGGUGCAAGGAAUACUUAGCCCUUUGCCAACCUCUCUCCCAACCUCGCCUUGCCUUUCCGCUUCAACGGCCCUCGCAAUGCGUUGACAAGUGCCUCGCGUGCCCAUGCCAACAAUACUGUUCAUUCGACGUGCAGCUUAGCCGUCGGGGAUGCUCAUGACACGACGACACAUUGACACGGGUGACGACAACAACAAAAAGGGUAGCUAGCCGCCUGCCAUGCCUCCUACGCCCAUCCACGUCAGAGGCAAGCGGAAAGCACUCUCCGACAAGGCGCCGAAAGGCUUGCCUGGCCCGCCGCCAAAGAUGCGCAAGUCGCUUGGCAUCGUCCUGGCCAGCCGUGCGACUCGUGCCGGCGCAACACUCGAGUCGCUCCCGUAUGAGAUUCUGGAAAGCAUCCUGCUCUACAGCACCAAUCUCUCGCUACCUCGCGCAAGUCCCAUCGUUGGCAUGAAGCUUUCGAGCCGUGCGACACUGCUGCGGCUUUUCAUAUGGGCUUUCCACGAGACAUGGGAGCAGUCAUUUGGCAUACCUGCCAGGCAGCGCCUCUUUCACGUCGGUCAAAUGGACGGAGAGAAGCGGCCGCCCUUUCAAGGCGAUCAUACGCUCCAGAGUGCCCUGCUCGAGCAGCCGUGGGCCAAGAUCGACUUCAUCCUCCAAGCACAGCAAGCCUGGGCAGAUCGCUAUGCGCGUCAUCGGUGGUAUCAGCACAGCCUACCUCGGCAAGAAAGCUUCAAUCCCAUAGACCACGACCACGAAGGAGGCUUCGCCCACUUCAACGCCCGAGAGUGCUUCGAGGUCGAUUACCAGCAAGCGCGGCAAUGGCCCGCCUUCUUCGCCACGUCGCUGCAGUGGCGAGGCCAGGACGUCCAUCCCUGGACACGGAUGCCCAUGGACCUUGUUUCGGGUCCGUGGGACGACGAGCAGCUGCGACGCCUCUUCUGGCUCAGCCGCGGCGGGCUCAAGAUCGGCGACCAAGACCAACAGCGUAUGCCCCCCUGGGAGGUCAAGCUGCAGUGUCUCGACAACGCCGCCUUGUCCGCGCCCGUCCCGAACAGCCUGGUCAUCAACUGCCUGAUGCAGGACUGGAUCUUCACCGAUUUGCCGGACGACGUCGUCAGGAAACAGCGCGUUAGUCUUGACAGGCGAAUUGAUUGGGGGGCAGACUCGCCAGAAAACAAGCAGACUUUGCGGCAGAUUAGGAUCGCGCUGGUCUCCUUGUCAGAGCAUGAAUACACGAUGCCUCGUUGAUCAUCUUAAGGAGACGAGCGUGUCCCUUUUGAGACGAGGCAUGAAAGCAGCCGGGCGUCACUUCCGAGUCGUUAAAAGAUGCAGCAGUCGAAUGGCGGCACCUGGCAGUCACAGCACCGGGAAAGGGAGCCCGAUUUCUCAGCAGAGAUCCCCGAGUUGCCUUCCAGUGGGCAGUGAUGCCCUCGGAAACGCGGCUUGCCUGCCUGCCAUCUGGACACUUGCUUCGGCAUGUUUCUCAGGAAAGCGAACCCCCAUCAAGAAGCAUGCAGAGAGGGGGGCCGCCUGCGCCGAGCUGACAACAACAAAUUGGAAAUGCCCUACAUCGCAUUCAAGCGCGUGCGUUGUGCAUCUUCGAGUGUCGUGCGGCGGCUCCGCUCCCUGUUCGUCAGCAUCCAUCGCCCCCGGCGCGAACCGUGAUGCCGGCGUGACUAAUAACUCGCGAACAAGCAAAAGCGACGGCUCACCACCACCACCACCACCACCACCUACGCAAGCAUCCUCCGGCGAGUCUGGAACUGGAAAGCUGCGCCCACGUCCCACAGCCUCCCACCCGCUCGACUGACUACUGGACGCAGCGCAGGCGGAAUAUCCCCCUCCCCCUACCAUAUGUUGUAUUGGUUGGCUGGACUCCGACGUCGUUUGGUGGCCGGAGAGAACGGACAAGAGGGCGAAGCCAGGCAUAGCAGCCAGGCCAAGAAGAGAGACUACAGUGCCAUAGCUCGUACACAACAAG